AUGACCCAAUUAGGAGCUGCAGACAAGUUGGCUGCGACUAGGCUGAAGGUCAUCGAAAAGGUAAGAGCUGAACUCAAGCAGAAUAAUGAGAAGGCAGCGAAGGAGAAAGAAGUUCUUCGAGUUAAGUUCGAAGAGCUUGAGAACAAGCUGAAGGCUGACAGAGCGGCAAAGAAGGAAUUGGUGCGCGAGAAGGUUCACCUGGAAGGAGUCGCUGCGGGCCUUGAAAAGGAAAAGGCCGAGCUACUCGCUGAGAGGGACGCCGCAGUCGACAAGUUAGUCAGGGAGAGGCAACGUCUGAAGGACUCCCGGGCUCUAGAAGUCACCCGAGAAAGAGAAAGGGUUGAAACUGCUAUGAUCGAGAAGGCGGGUCGCUCUUUUACUCGCGUGCGAGAUCACUUUGCUCGUGUAGACGCCCUUGGGAAGGCGAAAAACCUGUACGGGCAAGCUUCUGGGACAAAGAAAUGUCUUGAGAUGAUAAAGGAGAGCGGAGUGGCGAUCCCGCAAGACAUGAUCGACAUGUUCGCAGAGCAAGAAAAGCUUUAUGAAGCAGAAGUCACCAAGCUGCGAGUAAGUCCGUUGGCUGAUAGAGAUUUCUCCCUUUCCCCGCUUGUUCUCCCCUCUCGUUUUGUGGAAGAGAGGUUUAAGAGGACGUUCGACCCCUACGGAUCGAACGUGGACCUGAUCAGGCCGGAGACAGCCUCCCAGCUGAUCACUUCGCGCGAGGUGACCGAGGAACCGCCUGAGGAACCAUUGGGUGACGUCACAUCGGCCCCGACAGAACAGGCCGUGGUUCCCGAGGAGAGCGCCCAUAAGGAAUCGCCCGAGAAGGAGGACCUAGAGGAGAUUCCCGAGAGAAGUUCUCCAACCACCGAUGAAGGGAUUGAGAAAACGGGUGUUGAAGACCCUGUUGUUGUCUCGGAUUCUUCGUCGGGGGAUCAAGGCGAGGAGGGUGAUGGUGAUGCUGGAGAGAUAUCGCAACCACGCCCAAGUGAGGAGGAGAAGACCGACGAUGUCAUCGAGGGAGACGGUGCGAGCUCUUCGCCCGGUGUGGAGCCUCUUGCCUCGAUUCGACCGAAGGAGGAUGCGACUCCCAUUGCUAAGAACCCGGUUGAACCUUCUGUUGCUCAACCACUCAACGGGAAUGAUGAAGAUCAAACGAUCUGAUUUCUUUAGAACUUGUAAUUUAUAUAUUUCUGUGUUUGUGGUAUUGAUAGACCCUUUUGUUGUACCUUUAGACAUAUGUCUUUAUUUUAUUUUAGUCGGCGAGUUGCUGUGCUAAGCAUGCCCUUUAUGUUUUCUAUCUGUACUUGCAGUUUUUUCUAAGUGAUGUUUCAGCUAUCUUUAUAGUUUAGCGAUAUACUCGGCUAGAAACUUUAGAUUCCUGAACCUUAGCUUUUGCAAGUAGAUAAAGAAACAAAGAAAAACGCUAGGAAGGUUCGUUCAGGUCUCCUUGUAGUUUCAAUUUGAGGUCUCGACCAAGCGAGUGUUCAACUCUCGAAAACAAAGGACUGAUUCCAAGAGUGGAAGGUUCUUUGGUCCGUUUUCCUGGUGACGAUCGAGUAGCCAGGUAGCUAAUCCGUUACGCGUUAGUCGGGAAAAGGAAAAGAUUCACUCUGUUUGGUCGGUCAAUGCUCUUUGGCAUAGGUGAUUCGCGACCGUUUGGUCCUUAAGCUAAGUGUCUGAUCAGGACAUGGCUUAUAGGAAAAGAACGUGAGUGUCCGCAUGUCCUCUGCUGGAGGAUUGUGAACCGUUAGGUAUGGAAAAUCAUUGUUUACUCGACUGAGGUCUAAACAAGGUUUUAACUUUGGUUUUUGUAUAGCUGGACCCGUUAAGGCUGCCUACGUACCUCGGUUGAGGAUCAAGCCAUUCGUAGUUCGUGUUUUCCCGAGUAAAAGUGGCUGUUGUUAGCGCAUUUACUCGGUUGAGUAGAAAUGACUUUGGGGGUGCAUCUACUCGGGGUUUUUUUUUUUUUUUUUUUUUUUUUUAAAAAAAAAAAGAAAAAGGUACCCCUACGGGUAGAAGCGUCGUAAAUGCAUUGAUUCAACCAAAACCACCAGUAUAAACACCAUUUUUGGAUCAAACAGUUGGCGCUAGAAGGAGGGGGCUAAGGAGAACUAUCAUCAAAUCAAAUCGAACUUGGGAGAAAACCCUAUAUCUGGUCGGUUUCUACAUUCGAUCUUCACCAAAAACAACCCAGGCUGUUUGGGCCUCAAAAAAAAAUGUUGUUUUGAAAGCCCAAGUGAAACCCAAGAGAUGACGUAUUCACCUCGUCCUCGUCAUUCACUCUGGCGAGAUCCCGACGACGGAGCCGUACAUGAACAAUGGCCAUCGGCUCCAAAUCAUCAAAACGAGCAGCGAAGACUAAGCGGCAGAGGCGUUAUCAGCAUCACUCUCGUCGAGAAAUCAGCCCUAGCUUGCUCCGCUCCCGAUAAAGCCGGAGACUUUCUCGCAUUUGAUUGCUGCGAUGGAGGUCCGGUUGCUUCCUUAGCUCGUGCUAGCUUCAACCUCCAUCCGUUCCUCCCUGGGGAGCUAAACAACAUCGAAUCACCUGGAUACAGACCUUGAGCGACUCUCAGCCCAACGGUGACGGAGGCCUGGUAAAACGGCGAUCGACAGCUUAUUGACGACUUGAGCUAUGUUUUUCUAAGAUUUACUCUUUACUGAAUUGAGCUCCAAAGUCGACAGCUUCUUCUCUCCAUCAAGGCGAGCUCAGUGGUGGCAAGGCCCUGCUUCUCCGCUGAAGAUCUCGAGACGAGCUUGCCUAAUUGGCAAAACCUUCUCGUCGUAAACUCAUUGAAGAUUGCGGCUUGAGCUUUGUUGUGAUACGAUGCUCUGUCUCUUCCUUGCGACAAGAUCACCGUAACAAGUUCUGUCUCUUUUAAUCUCGACAACGAAGCUACGCAUUUGGAUUCAACGCCGAGCUGUUUUGGGCCUCCAUCUCUAAUCUCUUUCGCUCCAGCAAGAGCUCUGAUGGGGCGAUAAACAUGACGAGGACGAGGAGCUAAACGUGCUGAGGAAGAUAAAUAUGAUAGAAUCAGCAAGGUUUAAUCAUGACGUACUUGUGUAUUCUCUCAGCCACUGCUCUAAGAUGAAGAAGUCUCUUCUGUUACUGUCCUUAUCCAGCAACAGCUUUACGGAUUUUUCAGAAGCCAUGAAAGCGUUGCAGAAACCUCUCCACUCUGUUGCGACAAUGCAAAAAAGUUUCAGCAAACAUGGUGAUUCUGCUCGGCAAAAGUGGUGCGAUGAGGACUGGAGAUCAACUCUUCUCGAUCCAUAGCUUUCCAUCUCGCAUCUGGUCAUAAAUAAAAAUCAAAGAGAUCGCAGAGAACUCAUCUAUCCAGAGACUUCACUUCUCGGCUUGAGCUUUACGUUCAGACUGGUUCGUCGUAAUCUCAAGACUGGUCUUGGUGUAACCUCAGCAAGUACACUACCUCGGCAAAAGCGGGGAGCAGUUGGCGUGAUCUCCUCAAAACGCCCAUCUUGAGAUCAUGUUCAUCAUCCUCGUAGCUGUUGCCAUGACAGACAAAUAAAUCUGAUGAGAUAAGUUUUCUCAUCUACUUAGUUAAUUGUUUACGUCAUAUAUCACCGCUUUAUACUUUGUGAUAGAACAAAAUCUUCACUUAAUAUUUUGUUAGUAAGGUUGAUACUAAACGUGAUCUCCCAUAUUAAUAAUUUAUAUGCUUGCUUGUGUCUUAAGACACACAAUUUUCAAUACGAGAUCAAAUUAAUUAAGUUUAAUUUUCUCUGUAUAGUAGAAUGAAGUGCUUUUGUACGUGGAGCAAAUACAGGAGGUCACAACUUUUCUUGUAUCCUGUCUCAGCAUGAACAAAUUCAUAUUGUCAUCGCACAGACGAGAUACGAGCACUUUUCUCUUACACAAGCGAAGUGGAGAAGAUGAAGAAUAUGAGACCUUCUUUGCAACUGGCGCCAACUAGAUCACAGUUCUCACAACUCUUGGCGACUUGCCAAUCACGAGCUCGCACUCACCACACCAGUGAGACCACGGCAGUCUAGUUUCGAUCUCAGCAAACAUCUUCUAUGCCGACUACACCAGUCACGGCAAUGCGCGGAUCAACAAAACAACUUGCUCGGCACACACGAUCUCAACACGAGACUUCGGUUUUUAGCAGAGGCGAUCUUGAUGGGUUUGCUUUUGAGGACAGGAUUUUGUUCGAAAAAGUUGGUAGGUCGGAGUUCAAAGCCACCGGAUAAUGUAGGCAUCGUUGGGAAAUCUUCUUGGCUUGGGACAUGGUGGAAUCCGAUGGUGUACCACAUCACUAUAUCUUUAUUCUCUAUUUCUCUAUUCCUGUCACAUUCGGUUACACAUAACGUUUAGUCCCACAAUUUUUUUUAAAAAAGACGUAACAAUUUCUCUUCUAAAUACAAAAUAUACGUACCUUAAACUUUACAUCUAACACAAAAAGAACUAAUCUUUAAUGUUUUAAAUAUGAGAUUCAGUUGUAACUU